AAUAAUCGUGUUUCACUUUCACCAUUGGUUGACUCAAGCUACUGUUUAUUGUUAAUGUUUAUGUUUUAAGUGGAAUAAUUUGGAUUUUUUGGAUUUAAUUUUUACUCAAGUGAUUCCAUAAUGACAAUUCAGCCAAUGGAUAAUGACCAGUUAAUGAUCAAAGCUCGUGAAAGGUACAAUUUCAUUGUGGACAAAGGAUCUUAUCUUCCUGGUGUCUCUGAUACAAUUGAUCCAUAUACUCCACCUGAAUGGUUUGAUCGUGAUAGGUUCAAUAAAUCUCAAAAAAUUGCGGAUAAAUAUUUUCUCAGUUUAAGUUACUCAAGUUCAGUCGGACUUUUACUCGGUAUUCAAAUUCCAAUAUUUACUGAACCUUUAUUGACAACUGGGACCCAUAAAAAUAUACCCAAAUUGUAUCGUCGUUACCUGUCAACUGUUAUCCAUGUCAACAAUUGGUACAAGGAUGAUCCUUUUCUUAAGGGAAGUGCAGCUUACAAGUCUAUUCAUCAAGUGCGAUCAAUGCACAAGAAGAUAUUUGAAUUGAUGAACAAAAAUACCGGCAAAGUGGUUGGUCAAGAUAGAGUUUGGGUUUCACAAUGUGAAAUGGCAAUGACUCAAUGGGCUUUCUUUGCUCUUCUCAUUCUUUACCCGAAAGACUGUGCUGGACAUGGGUUGACUCAGGAUGAUUUGGAGCACAUCAUUUACCUUUGGCGAGUCAUUGGUUAUUUGAUGGGAAUCGAGGAUAGAUUCAAUCUUGGCCAAGGAACUUUCCAAGAAUGCAAAAGCUUGUAUAAAGUGAUCCUUGACGACUUCAUGAGACCCAAAUUAUCCGAGAAUCCUCAUCCAUAUCAAACUGGUUAUGAUGUCUCACAUGCAAUAGCGAAAGCUUUAAGACCUGUCAACUCAGAGAUUCGUUUCAAUGUUAUACUCAACUAUUGGUACAAAAUACUCGAUAUUCCCUACGAGGUUCCAUUGAAACCAGUUCACAAACUGAGAUUAAUGUUUCUUAAAUUUGCUCUCAGUACAACUCUUAAAUCGUCAUUUUUCUAUCGUUUUGCAUGUGAAAGGCAAAAAAAGAAACUCAAAGCUCAGAUGAAGAAAAAGGAAAAAGUGGAAGAACAGUUGACCAAAAAGUAUCCCGACAUUGUGUUUGAAAGUAAAUGUCCAUUUGCAUGUGAUUUAGGUUAUUCCGAUGUGUUUGACAGGAAACAAGAUGAAUCGCAAGAUGAAGUGAAAAUGGAAGAUCAAAAUGCCAACAUUAUAAAUGCUUAAAAUUUGUGUAAAAUUAUCUAGAAAAGCAAUCAAACCUGACAAAGGAAACAUUUCAAGAAAGGUGAGUUUAAUGUGAUACUUGAAGCGAUGAGAAUGUGUGCAAGUAAACCAAUUUUAAGCUUCCUAAAAUGAUGCUCAAGUGUUUUAAUAGUGAAAACUGAAUAGUGCAAUCCCUCAAAAGCUCAAAUGUAUCCGUCUAAUCAAUUUAUCAGUAUUUGUAACAAUUGUAACUAUUUUAUACCAAAAGUAUUAACUUGUUUUAUUAAACAGACAAUUUCAUUGAAUUGUAAUCAACAAUAUACAGAAGUGAAAAUCGUCUGAAAUUUUAUUACACUAAUUGCAGUUGAACAUUUUGUUAACUCAUGUUUCAACUUUCAUCUCACAAGAUUCAUUGUUUCAAAUGUGAUUUUUACAAAGGAAACAUAAUCAUUUCCUUAAUCUCCUUGCCAAGCAAUAAACAUUGCUGUUCCAAUUUCACUCUAACCAUUUUAAACAAUGAAAAGACUCGUCAUUUAAGUGUUACUUUUUAAUUUUAUUGCUUUGAAAAAGAGUAAAAUUUCUUGGAGAAACAGUUUUCGUCUUUUAGUUUUUUACAUCAACCAAACUUGAAGUCCUUUUUUCAGGAAAAAACAGAUAGCUCAGGUCAGAGGUUAGUAACGAUUUGUGCAAGACAGUCUUUGAGAAACCCAAUAAAACUAAAAGGCAACACCAAAGUGAUGAAUCUCCUCAUUGGACAAGAAAAUGUUUUUCUCUUGAAACUAAAAAAUGAAAAAACUGAAAAACUAGAGACUAACUUGAAGUUGCUUUUGCAACAAAACAUGAAGAUGAGCACAAGUCUGAGCUUCUAUGAAAAUAAACGUGUUACUAUUGAAGUGUUCAUUAAUA